GUGGGCGUGUCACUCGGUGCACUCUGGGAAGGAAACAUGGCUGCGCCCAUGUGAGACCUCCAUCAUAUAUAUUAAACUCCCCAACAUCACCUCUGACAAGAUGGCCGUCAGACUGCUCAUGCCAUUUUCCAUGGGUUCUCUGAUGAAGCGAAUGACAUGCAGUGAGAUGUUUCAAACCUCCACAUUUAGAUGGAAGCACUCAACAACACUGCAGUGCAACAAAAGAACAAUUUCUUUAUUGCUGUCCCAUACCAAGAGACAAAAUUACCACUCGACAAGACUGUACCAGACAGAUACCAACAUUUCGAAGGAUGUGACAUUGUACCACUAUGAGCGGGCAGGCUACUAUCGUCGGCUGGGUGUGUUCGGAGUUGCCCAGGUGGUGUUCUGGGUGUACCUGGCACACCUGACGUACACCACCUGGAGACCAGGGACACCUGAGAGCACGCAGAAGGACACAGCCAGGGAGGGGACACCGAAGGACACCUUUAUGCGGCGGCGACUGGAGAGUAUGUCUGGGUACGUCACAGGCAACAAGUGGAGGAAUGCCGUCAUUGGCAUUUGUCUUGCAGCAGGAUCAGCUAUCACUUUCCUGUGUUUCCUAUUCCCACUGAGAGCUGUCAACCGUGUUGUUCUUCAGCGGGGAGGUCAACAUGUUCAAUUCCUGACAUACGCACCCUUCGGCACAACACGAGCGUUCACGGUCCCCCUGGCCCACGUGUCCGCCGCGGUGGGGAGAGGGGGGACCCCCUCGCAGAUUCCAGUGAAGAUCAAGGGUCAUCGCUUCUUCUACGUGCUGGAUAAGCAGGGAAAGAUCAGCAACACUCGCCUCUUUGACUUUACUAUUGGUGUCAGUAGGAACUUUUGAGGAUAAGUGGAUUGAAGUCCAUACAAAUAAAACUCCUCAGAUGGUAUGACCCUAAAAUUGUUUGAUGAAUGAUGAUGAUGAUUGUUUGAAGGAUGACAAGACUAUUUCCUAGGCGAUUCUGACCAUGAAAUUUUUUCCAUUACUUCUUGUUCCACUGAUGCAAUCAUAAAUGUGCGCGUGAUAAACAUUUUUUGGUCUUCAGAGAAUGUUGUUCUACAAUACUGUAGUCUAUAGCAGUCAUUCUAGCUCCACUUUAUUUUGACUUAACCAUUCUCUGUGGAUCUUCUCUGUGUCGUCACUUUCAGAGUUACAUCUUGAAUCUCAUCCAAUCUUCAAUUUGGUUUAACAGUCCUUACACAACAACCUUUGGCAGACAUACCAGUCAGGAAAAUUGUCACCAAAAAUGUACAGAACAUAGCUGGAGUACUCUUAAAAACUGCUAGAUGGUGCUUUCUAACUGACACUCACCACUCUGAUGUUUGCAUUAUAUAUUCAAGUACUUUGUUCAUUACGUCAUAGCAGCCUCAGGACACCAUACUGAAUCACUAGAGAGCUCAGGAUUAACUACUGUUUCACUCCUCUGAGCAAUGUAAUUUCAAGGUGGCAGAACAAAAAAUAUUGUGGAUGAGGAAAUCUGUCUGAUUU